UGUUUUAUUAUUAUUAUUAUUAUUAUUAUUUUUUUUUUUAUCUAUGCUUGUAAUUGUUAUUGUUUUCCAUCCUCUUCCUCUUGUCUAUUAUGCAAUUAUUUCUAACUUGUCUAUUUCGAGCUCUGCUCUGCUCUUGUUCCUCACAACUGUGUAAUGGUGUGCCCACCAUGUGCUCGACCAUAUGCCGAAAUGAAACACACACAUAAAUUGACAAUCAGAUGUGAAACUUUUUAUCCUCCAUGUACUUGACCAUAUGCUUAAACGAAUAAACACACAGAAAUUAACAAUGAGAAUGUGAAAUUAUUUUCCCAAAUUGAAAAAAAAAUCCCAACAUAUUAUUCACCAAAUGUUGGGGAAAACUCUGGGUGUACAUAGACAGCUCUGUUUUUUUUCUUUUGCUUGUCUGCUUGGCCUUUGGCCUCAAUUGCACUAAAAGCAAAAAUGAAAAUAAAAUAAUGUGCUUCUAAACAAUCAAACUUACUGACUUCAUAGUGAUAAAAGCUGAAAUUCUAAGUAUAAUAACAUUCAUAUCUAAUUCAAGCAGAUGAGAGAAAGUUUUCGUUAAAGGUUUCGUGAGCUUUAGCUUUUGCAUUUCUGUCCUUAAUUUCAGUCAAGAAGAGAGUUGAGUACAACUCACCUUUUUUCUUGUUACUCUUUCACUGUAAAUGAACAACACCCAACAGAUUGGUUUCCAAGAAAGAGUUCAACAAAACCAUGGCUUGGUCUAUGAUUAUAGCAGUUUAGAACACGCCAACCAAUCUUCCCAAUUUCCUGGUGGUUGUCAAAUGGGAAUUUGCAUUGAUUCAUCAUCAGCCAUGGAGGGAGGAGGAUCACAGCAGCACAACUUUGGUUGUGGUGGGCAUGCUAAUUCAUCAAGUACCAUCAUGAGUCGUAUCUCGGUUCACCAUCUUCUGCUUUUUUUGCAACUGAGCGUUACAUGGGCUUUCCACAAUAUGAGUAUCAAUCUGGAAAUCCCAUUGUGCCCUCCCAACAACCCGAGAAUUAUGAUCUGCAUACUCCAUCAUAUCUAUCUACAGGGGAUAGUUUUUAUUUCGAUACGCCAGAGCAAGAAGACCCCAAUUCGCAGUCCAAACUUGCCCUGCAAUCUGAUGCAAAAUCCCACUUUUGUAGCAAUAAAAACUACAGUUCUGAAAAGAUCCUAUAAAACUCCAUGCAACAAUUUCUCAGAAACAGAACACAUUUUUCUGCUGAAAAGAAAGUUGCUUAGUGAUUUUGGUAAUUCAGAUAUGAGGCAGCCUUCAAUUCCUUUUGAAAGAAAUCGGGAUCUUAGUGUUUGUCACAAUUUGUAUAAUUCUCAGCAUGAGCAUUUGAGGCAGUCUGCAGCUAGACCUGCUGGAGGUGUUUCAGUUACUUCUGGUAACACUGGAUCAGCCAUUUCAAGUAAAACACAAAUUCGAUGGACUCAAGAUCUUCAUGACCGCUUUGUCGAGUGUGUAAAUCACCUCGGUGGAGCAGAAAAGGCAACACCAAAGGCGAUACUGAAGCUAAUCGACUCAGAGCGGUUGACCAUCUUUCAUGUGAAAAGCCAUUUGCAGAAAUAUCGAAUUGCAAAGUACAUGCCAGAUUCUGCAGAAGGAAAAUCUGAGAGGAAGAAUAACAUGAAUGAUGCAGCACAGAUUGAUAUAAAAGCGUGCUGGCUAACAUGAAUAGAGUGUCUAAUUUAAAUAAUCUAAAUAGUAAAGUAAUGGGACUGACAUGGGGCAUGUGGUAUGCAACUAUCUUCGGUAUACAUCAAAAAGUUAUCCUUGGGGCUGAUGUGUUAUAUGAUACAAGUGGCUUUGAUGAUCUCUUUGCCACUGUGACAUUUCUACUCCAAAAUUCUCCAGGAUCUGUUUUCAUAACAACCUAUCACAAUAGAAGCGGGCAUCAUCUAAUUGAGUUCUUGAUGGCGAAGUAGGUGUUGAAGUGCACGAAACUUCUUGAUGGCUUUUUAUGUAUGCCAUCAUACAAGGCAUCUGGGUUGGCAGAAAUUGUUUUGAAUAGUGAAGAGGUGAGGUAA